CUUGUGUGUGGACAAGGAACUGCACCCUUUGUUUUGGAGGAAGGACGUGAACAAACCGGAGAAACUUGAAGUCUGCUCGAGAAGGAGCAGAAGUUUAGAUCCAGAUGGCAGCACAGGAGGAAUUCUUCGCAGGCAUUCCUAAGAUCCCAUACAGACCCGAUGUUGGGCCGAGUGAGGUCAUGUGCUUCAAAGACUACAAUGCAGAGGAAGUGCUGAUGGGGAGGAAGAUGGAGGACUGGCUGAGGUUCUCCGUUUGCUACUGGCACUCCUUCUGUGGCACUGGAGCUGAUCCUUUUGGGUUUCAGACCCUCCACCGACCCUGGAAUGAAGGGACUCCUAUGGAAGCAGCCAAGAAGCGACUCCGGGCUGCUUUUGAGUUUUUCACUAAGCUUGGUGUAAAAUAUUACACAUUUCAUGACAGGGAUAUGGCACCUGAGGGCUCCACCCUGGAGGAGUCCAACAGGAAUCUGGAUGAAAUAACAGACCUGGCUCUCCAGCUGCAGAACCAGACCGGAAUCAAGGUGCUGUGGGUGACCUGCAACCUCUUUGCACACCCAAGGUACAUGAACGGUGCAGCCACCAACCCUGACUGUCACGUUCUGGCCUACGCUGGCGCUCAGGUUAAGAAGGGGCUUGAUAUUGCCAAGAAGCUGGGUGCUGAAAAUUUUGUGUUUUGGGGAGGAAGGGAAGGUUUCCUCUCCAUCCACAAUACUGAUGUUGCUGCUGAACUGAAGCACAUGGCCAAUUUCUUCAAAAUGGCUGUCAGGUACAAAGAGAAGAUUGGGUUGAAGUGUCAGUUUCUUAUUGAACCCAAGCCUAAGGAGCCCUGCAAACACCAGUAUGACUAUGAUGCCAUGAGUGUUAUAGGAUUCCUUAAGCAUUAUGGUCUGGAGAAUCACUUUAAGUUGAACAUUGAGCCCAACCACACCACCCUGGCAGGACACUCCUACGAACAUGAUGUUGUCAUGGCAUCUGCGUUUGGCAUGCUGGGUUCAGUUGACUCAAACACUGGCUCUCCUGACCUGGGGUGGGACACAGACCAGUUCCCCAUGGACAUCAGGAACACCACCUUGGUCAUGAAGACCAUCAUUGAACAAGGUGGCCUGCAGCCAGGAGGCCUGAACUUUGAUGCCAAGGUGCGCAGGGAGUCCACAGACCUGGAGGACCUGUUCAUCGCUCACAUCGGAGCCAUGGACGCCUUUGCAAGAGGGCUCAGAAAUGCUGUUCGCAUUAUUGAGGACGGGAUCAUGACUGGUAUGGUGAAGGAGCGAUACUCGAGCUUCAGUCAUGGCAUCGGACAGAAAGUGGAUGAUGGUUGUGCCUCUUUGGAGGAAAUGGAGGCCUACAUCAAGCAGAACGGCGAGCCCAAAGUCACAUCAGGGAAGCAAGAAAAGUAUGAAUCCAUCUUUAAUCACUACAUAUAAUAAAAGCAUGCUGUAGGACAUGGUAACCUUUGACCUUAGAGAGAAGCUGCUUCAGUCAUUGCGACGGACCACAAAUAGAGUGAACAUAUUAUUAAUCCCAUGAAGAACUGAGUUUAUUUGCAGUUUCACUAACUAAAAAGUACAAAUACAGAUGCUGAACACUGCUGAAAUAUUAAAGUGUCUGUCUGGAAUCUGUGUAUCGGUAUGUAUUUGUGGCGCUGUUGACCUAUCAUCUGUCAUCUGAUGCACUGAGAGGCUAUAUUCACAUUAGGUGAUGAUUGUUGAUGUUCACUGUGCAAUAAAAACCCAAUUUUCACAAUGCA